AGUUUAAUGGAGUAUGUAAAAUGAGUGAUAAAUGGAUAGCUGAUUAUUCCAAUUUCAAAUGGACAAACUCCGAACAGAGUCUAUUUGUUAUUUUGAACAACAAUACCUUCACUCUUUACUCUAUUCCUGAUAGUCAAAAUUGUGGUCUUAGAAAGCAAGAUGUUGAACUUUCAGAAUCAUAUGGCACUCUUGUUCAGAAGGCGAUAUACCCAUGUGACACCCACCACAGGAAAAUAUAUAAGAAUUUCAUCGUCCAUCCCUCUAAAGUUGGAGAGAUAAUAACCUCUUGCCAGCAAAAGCUGUAUCAGAUUGAUAUUGAUAAAGGAGAAUCAAAGGAUAUUCUUAACUUAAGCACUGACAGGAGGCAAGCCGUGAAAAGAAUCAAUCUUUUGGACUGGAACAAAAAGUGUAUAGAGAACAUUGCAUUAUCUAUUGAGAAAUUCAGAACAGCAAAGAGUAUCCUCAUAACUGAUAUAAACAAAGCAACUGUUAUUCAAGAGUUUGGUAGUGAAGGUGAAGGAGUUCAGUCAAUGGCUUGGUCUCCUCAUAGUGCAGAUAUUCUAGUAGCAGGAACCAGCAAAAAGAGACUAGAACUAUUCGACAUGAGAGGAAAAUCAAAAGAUUCCGGCAGAAGAACCAACAAUGACAUACAGGAAAUAGACGGGGCUUGCUUCUCCCCUAGAUACGAGCACAUUCUAGCCUCACACUCUGACGAAUAUGUUAAGAUAUGGGACAGCCGGUAUUUAAAGACAGCAAGCCCGGUUUACAGUGUAAAAAGUCCAACAGCCGACAUCUGUAAAAUAGAAUGGAGCCCCACUCACCCCACUCGACUGAGCUACAUAACAAAAGGUGGAAAACACAUUCAAAUAAGAGAUUUCCCAGCCAAUACUCUGGAGAAAUCAGAUGGCGAGCAAGCUGAGUUUACUGGGGUUCAUGAUCAGGAACCUCAACACAAACAAAAAGGAGCUCCUGAAAUGCUGAGUUCGACGAUUUCCAACUUUUCUUGGCAUCCUAAAGUUUCUAAUAGGAUUUUGUGCUGCAAGAAAACCAAUGAUGAUGCUGGUGUCCCUAUAUACAAACUCUACGACAUAGCGCUGUACGAGCCAAUAAUCGCCAAAUUCUCUCCCUCUGAUAACCUAGUUUGGGGUUGUUCAGGCACGCUAGCGGACUGUUCUGUUGGUAGUCAGGAUAUAUCAGAUAUUAUGAAACAGAGAAUAUUUUAUGGAUACGGUUUUGAUCCUACAUUGAACAAGAAGAUAGUUGGCAGUGGAAGUUUGUACGCGUUUUGGUCGUUCUUCGAGGGAGUAACACAACUGGAAGACACGCGAGAAGACAGUGAAUUGAGGUUUAAGAACGGUGUCCUGUCCUUACUGGGUUCAGAAUCUCAUGAGUCGCGUCAAGAGCAGAUGGGCGCGCGGCCGGCACCAUACGUGUACGUGAGCGCUGAGCGCAGCAAAUGUCAGGAGAUAUGCAGGUGGCCUAAUUCCCGUCCUGGGCGGUAUGAUGAUGGGUGUGAUGCUAUUGUCAAGAAACUUGUCUCUUCAGGACAGCUGGACAAGGCAGUGGCAAUGACCUUGUUCUACCGUGGUAUUGAUCCUGCUAUUAGUCAACUGCAAAACAUCAUUAACGAUUUGCCUCCUGAGAAUGAUGAGAAGCGUAUUCUGCUGUUAGCACUGUCCGGUUUCAAUGCUGAGAAGUGGAUACAGAACAUUAAGGCACUAGGGAAGACUGUUUCAAAUGCUUACCAGAGGGCAAUGUUCACUUUUCUCUCAACUGAGCCGGGACGCCAGGACGCGUACAGUGAGAUCCUGUACGACAGAGAACUCCUGCUAGAAGACAGAGUAGGGUUCGCAUGCAGGUUCCUCUCGGACUCUCGUCUCAAGAAGUUUGUGGAUGGUCAGUGUAGUGAGGAGGUAGCUGCAGGAAAUAUACGCGCUGUAGUGCUUACUGGAUUGAAAUACCAGCUACGAGAGCUAAUGCAGAGUUACCUGGACAACACCUCCGACGUGCAAACAGUGUGUCUAGCUCUGACCAUGGCUAAACGUUAUGAGCCCAGUAUGGAAACUAUUAGUGAUACAGAUCCUACUGAUUUUAGUAAUGUGGUGAUGGAGAAUUAUCUGAGAUAUUUCGGUGGGUGUAAGAAAUAA